UAAAAACUUUAUAAUUUACAGGGGCGUUUUGCGUUUUACUCAAAAAAGUCCAAAACUAUCGCCAACGCCGGUCGGAGAGAGCAAAAGAUCAAAGCAUUAGAAUGGUGAGACUAAACAGAGUGCUGCUAAAAGACGCCGGCAAUGCAAUCGACAAGACCCUCUCCGAGAUUCUGGUGUGCCCUCUCUCCAAGCAACCUCUGAGGUUUUGCGAGAAGACGAAAUCACUUGUCAGCGAUACUAUUGGUGUCUCUUUUCCUAUCAAAGAUGGGAUUCCAUGCUUGGUUCCAAAGGAUGGAAAAAUACUUGAGGAGGAAGGUGAUGCAUCAAAAGCUUAAUACCUUUUGCUUUUCCACCCUAAUAAAAUAAAAUGAUCAGAGUCAAGGUAGCAACUUGUAUCUGCAGCAACUUAUCAAUGCUUCGUUCUGUCCUCUGUACUAGUUACUUGAUCAUCUCUUCUACACCUUUUCUAGGCUUGUGACCAAGUUCUGGUAGCAACUUUAAGUAUGAAUGUUUUAUGGGAAACAUUCAUGUAAGCAAUUGCAAAACAAUGUAGGUGUGUAGUUUCAGGUGAAUAAACCGACCUUUUCGUCUAAAGUUUCUUCAAGUCUAGGAUUCUUAUUGACUGGAAUGAAACUAAAAACAAUAUUUAAAGUAUUGGAUGCCUAUUUGAGGGGCUCUAAGUGUAACCA